GAGGCGCGAGUGGGAGGAGAGUUUCCAGCAACGAGGGAUAUCAAAAAUACAUCGCUUAUGUCUGAAGAGUCGCAGUAUAUAUACCUCAGCGGUGCUGCUUUGACCAGCUUCCCUGGUUCUACAGUAAUAGGAUGACAACGCCAACAGUCUGUAUACAGUUGGACUAAAACAAGCUGUGACAUACAGUAAGGGGAACUGGCACUUCAUUAUAGUUAAUAUAACGGUUGAAUCUUUUAUUUUAUUUUUUAUAUUACUUAACUCUAGAAAUAAAACGAUUGAUAACCAUCUGAUCACAAACGAUUCUGAGGCUUCUAUAUUUGGAGAUUAUAGCUGCGCGCACAUGGUCAACCAGUAACGGUAAAUUUAUCCUACACUUUGAGUUUACUUUGAUUACAAGGACAGAAGAUGUGCUCGGUGUGGUGUUUAGUUUACUUGGCUCUGUGCAUUCUCAACACUGCCGACUCAAACUCUUUUGAGUCCGAGGACAUCGUUCCUCUCCAUAUAAACAGGAGAGGCGGUCGGUUCUGGAAGAGGAGUGAGGGGCAACCGAGUUUCAGACUCAGUGCGUUCGGAAGAGAUUUCACCCUAAACUUGGUCCCGGACACCAGCUUUCUAUCGUCUUCGCUUACAAUACAACGCAUUAAAGCAAAAGAUCCAAGCAUUUUAGGCAACUCCGCCGGUGACCAAGGAGGGUACCCAGCGGCCGAAGCACAGGCGGACCUGCACAAGAUGAUCAACCAGACGGAAGAAAGCAAAGAGCACAUGAUGGAUUGUUUCUUCUCUGGGACCGUGGACAACAAACAGAACUCCGUGGUAGCUGUCAGUUUAUGUCACGGCAUUAUCGGGUCGUUCAUAACUGAAGGAAACGAAUACAUGAUAGAACCCAAAGUUAUGGGUUCAGGGAGGCUCGAACGUUCUACUGGACAGAUACACGUUAUCAAGAGGAGGAAGUCACAGAAACCCCCUGGAGGGCUCUUUGAUCGCCUGAACGAGGAAAAUGUUUUAAUACAAGACGUGGAGACUUCAACUCUCAAAGCUGAGGAAGGCGGGCAGAGCGAACCGCGGCAGAAACGUUUCGUGUCAGCACCACGCUUUAUAGAGACGCUCGUGGUGGCUGAUGCGUCCAUGACUCAUUUGUAUGGAGACGAAAUACAGCUCUACAUCCUGACCCUGAUGUCCCUGGCCGCCCAGCUGUACCGCCACCCCAGUCUCAGGAGCCCAGUGACCCUGGUGGUGGUGCAGGUCCUGCUGGUGGAGGACUCCGAGGUGGGCCCCCAGCUCUCCAGUAUCGCCGGCGUGGCCCUUAGGAACUUCUGUUCCUGGCAGCAGCUCUUUAACCCGCCCAGCCAGCGCCACCCACAACAUUAUGAUACAGCUGUGCUGUUCACUAGAGAGGACAUCUGUGGUCAGAGUUGUGACACGCUGGGCAUGGCAGACGUAGGCACCAUGUGUGACCCCAAGAGGAGCUGCUCCAUCAUCGAGGACAAUGGCCUCCAGGCCGCCUACACUGCUGCCCACGAGCUGGGCCACGUACUGAGCAUGCCCCAUGAUGACUUCCCGACCUGUAAGCGUCUGUUUGGAGAUGUGGGAGGAGGUCACAUGAUGGCUCCUCUGUUCGUCCACCUCAACCAGACCUUCCCCUGGUCACCCUGCAGCGCCCUCUACAUCACAGAGUUCUUCGACAACGGACAUGGUGACUGUCUGCUUGACCCCCCGGAGACAGUGCUGCCCCUCCCCAGAGAGAGGCCAGGCGUAGCCUUCAAUCUAGACCGCCAGUGCCAGCAGGCCUUCGGAGAGGAGUACCUCCGCUGCCCUAACACCUCUGCCAGUGAAUUCUGCAGCCAGCUCUGGUGCUGGCAGGAGGGUACCACCCUCUGCACCACCCGGAACUCCAGCUUACCCUGGGCCGACGGCAGCACCUGCGGAGCCAACCGCACGUGCCUGGACGGGGAGUGUGUGUCCUACCUGGAAGCUACACGGCCUCGGGUGGCGUUAGACGGCGGCUGGGCAGCCUGGGGGCCGUGGCAACAGUGUUCUAGAACAUGCGGAGGCGGGGUUGAGUUCUCGUACCGGGAGUGUUCCGAUCCAGUUCCUCAGAAUGGAGGGCAGUACUGCACGGGCCAGAGAGUCCAGUACCAGUCCUGUAACACCCAGCCCUGCCAGCAGAACCAAGGGAAGAGCUUCAGGGAGGAGCAGUGUGAGAAGUACAACCGCCCCGUCCACUUUGACUUCCAUGGUAACGCGAAGCAGUGGAUCCCAAAGUACACUGGCGUGUCUCCGAGGGACCGGUGUAAGCUGGUCUGCCGGGCCCAAGGCAGCAGCGAGUUCAGGGUGUUUGAGGCCAAGGUGGUGGACGGCACCACGUGCGGUCCAGAUACCACGGCGGUGUGUGUCCGGGGCCAGUGUGUGAAGGCAGGCUGCGACCUUGUGAUCAGCUCCAGUAAGAAGAUGGACAAGUGUGGUGUGUGUGGCGGCACCGGUCUGAGCUGCAGGAAGAUCACUGGAUCCCACAGCAGAGCCACGUAUGGCUAUGAUGAUGUGGUCACCAUCCCUGCUGGCGCCACCAACAUCGACAUCAAGCAGCGCAGUCACAGGGGCGUGAAGCACGACGGCAUUUACCUGGCGGUGCAGCGGGAGGACGGCGGCUACGUGCUGAACGGUAACUUCUCUGUGUCCACGGUGGAGCAGGACGUGGUGGUGGCGGGGGCGGUGCUGAAGUACAGCGGCUCCUCCACCACGCUGGAGAGGAUCCAGAGCUUCCAGACGCUUCGCCAGCCUCUCACCAUCCAGCUGCUGGCCACCGGAAUGGAUGCAAACCCUCCCAAGAUCAAAUACACCUUCUUCAUCCCUAGGGACACACCAUUCAUCAAGCCCAAGGACAGGAAAACAUCCCUGCAUAUGAUCCAGCCAUUUGGUAUGCCAGAAUGGGUUCUGGGAGAAUGGUCGGAGUGCUCUAAGAGCUGUGGUUCUGGCUGGUCCAGGAGGAACGUGGAGUGUCGAGACAGUGCUGGGUUCCUGUCCAGUCAGUGUGACAAGGACCUGAAGCCCUCAGACAUCCGGGCAUGUGGUGACCUGCCCUGCCCAAUCUGGCAGAUGGGACCCUGGUCUUCAUGCUCUCGAACUUGCGGAGCCGGGCAACGCCAACGAAGCGUGGUGUGUCUGGACUAUACCGGGAAGAUGGUGACGGAGGAGAGGUGUGACCCUGCGAAGCAGCCAGAGCCAGUCUCUGGAGAGUGUCUGAACCAGGAGUGUCUCUGAGGACUGGAGAGCUAUGGAGUGGUGGAGAGGGAGGUUAGGGACAACACCCAACCCCCACCUCUAACCUGACUGACUGAGCCUUGAGAAGAACAGGGAACAGGGUGCAUCAGUACUGGGACAGGUGCCAUCAUUACAUGUGAAUAGUCAAUGAGCCUCAGUAGAUUUUUUGUUAAUUCAUGACUGUUUGAGAACCACUAUUGUGUUUGAACCAAGUGAGAUCUACCUCAUGUUGUAGAUACUAGUUUUAUGUUUGUAAGUAGGUGAACAUACUGUGUUUGUUGCUUUGUUACAAGCGGUACAUAACAUUUUUUAACUGUAUAAAGAAAAAAAUGAUUGUUUCACUUUAUAAGAGAAAACCUCCUGGCCAGAUUCUCCACAUCUCCUUUUCAUACUCACCCCCUCACAUCAGUUCCCCCUCAUACCACCAGAUCCCAUUGUAGCCCCCGUCCCAGCAUAGACCACAGACUAGAACACAGCCUAGAAUACAGCCUAGAAUACAGGGUAGAACUAGCUGUCAUAGUGGUGUUGUAGGAGUGGGUUCACUUGUACUGCCACGAAGAUAAAAUCAAACAGUUAGGUUACUUAAUGAGAACUGAGACAUGAGUGUUCAUUAACCUGAGUUUACACAGCCUUUGUGUAAGAGCCUAAUUUUGCAUCUAGAUUCUAGAAGAAACCAGGCUGAGAGACAAGGGGACUUUUCCUCAGACGAGCAUUGGCGUCUUCUAGGUUGAUGCAGGUGGUAGGGAUGGAUGAAGACCAUCUGAGAAGCAAGUCACUAUAGAGAUGUUAUAAGUUAUAUCAAACAAAAUACUUUUCAUUGCAUAUCAACCAAUUUUAUUUUGUGUGUGACAUAUUAUUUUGAGCUAAUUUGGUGUUCUGUUGUUUCCAGUUCUCUUUGUGUUUAAGUGUAUUUAUCAUUCCCACAUACAGUAUGUCAUAAACCCAAAGAGACAAAACAUGCUAUCCCUUCAGUGAAGGACCUGUUUAAUUACUUUUACAGCUUCCUUUUCAAGCUAUUUAUUUUUUGUAAAGUUUUCACUACGGACAUAUUUUAACCUUUUAGCGAUGCAAUGCUGCUGUCUUUGAUAUUUAUAGCCUACGACGUCUACAAUAAAACGGUCAAAUUCAA